AUGUCCACGCAGUGGCUGCUUUGCCUUGCUUUACCUACCUGCUUGCUGUGCUGUGCCGUGCUAUACUGUACUGUACUGUACUGUACUGUACCGUGCCGGCAUGUAAUGUGCCGUGCCGUGCUCUACUCUGCUCUGCUCUCCCCAGUCUGCUCCCCUCGCCUCCACCACCCCCAACUUCACCUGCUCUCGGCCCAAUCCCGCAACAUGACCUCCCUGCCGCCCUGCCGCCCUGCCAUGCAUGUGCUCGCCCAGCAAGGACAUGUCUCGACUCCCUCCAUGGAUGAUGCCAUGUGCUGCGUGCUGCAGCUGGGUCCCGUAGCCGACGCUUCACUCGAUUAA